AUGAGUAACAGCCAGGUACAGACCUAUACUCAAAGCGUAAUUCUCAAGGUUUUGUACACAUUCGACAACACAACGCAGUUCUUGGUGAGAUCUAAACGGCCUCUUUCAUCGAAAAUCAUCCAACUUCCACAACAGCCUCCGCACAAUGGCGCCGUUAUAGGGUGUAUUGACAUCCGCAAAUGUUUAGAGCUCAUCCACAACAUGUCUCCAGAGUGUUUCCGAGAAGGUCUGGACUAUUCGAUCUAUUCCAAAGACGUCGUUGAGGUGGACGAGCCGUUUGUGGGGUUCGGGCUUUAUUCCAAGCUCAUGGAAAGACGAACGCCCGUGAUCAUCACCGGACGCGUGUGCAAAAACUUUGUCAACAUCAUCAAUGGCUCUGGCGUGGGUGCUGAUACUUUGGAGGUGAAACUACGCUUCAACGUAGUGAGCAAGCAUCCAACGUCUUUCCAAUAUUCCAAACUUGAAACACCGAACCCUAAUCCCUCAGACAGCAGCAGUCCCAUGUUCUUGCCUAGCGAGUCGUCAGAUUCUAAUAGCGAGACUCGAAAAAGGCCUUUCAAUUCUCUCACCAGCAUCCCGCAACUAGCCACCAGAACACAAUCUCUCCCGUUCAUUAGCCAAAACAGUCUUGCGCACCGCAUAAUGAUGUCCGAUCAGAACAAUACCUCCCUCGAAUCACGCGAAGAUGCCAUCGCAUCAAGAUUCUCUAACUUCGAGAAACUCAUGAAAGCUACCGAUCCUCCGACCAAAGCCAAGAAAAACAAAAGUUUCAUCAGUAGCGUCGUGAAGAUAGGGGACGUGAGUACAGGCAACCACUCCAAAUUCUCGAAGCCUGUCACAGUUCAACGUUGCGUCAAUUGCACUUCGACUUCUAAUCCCCCAUACAGGUUUCACAAAGACGGUAUAUUUGAGUUCGGCAACUCGGGCUUGCUUUGUAACAUUUGUUCGACUCUGCACGCAAAAAAUGACACAAAGAUGCUCCGCGAGCGUGGCGACUUGGGAGUGAAAGGUCUUGUGGACGGCCCCUACGCGAAGAUGUCGCCAAUAGCUGAUAAUCUGGCAACCGCAGCACGCAAACGACAGAAGUUGAACAAAGCCAGAGCUAACGACGAGAACAUCUCCUCCCCUCUGGCCACGAGCGCGAGAAAGCACGAGAAGCUGGAGCCCGACAGGUCAUCGCCCGCCCAGAAUCCUCUCACUGACCUCGACCCGCUCUACGAUUCCAAAAAGGAGUCGCCAGAAUCCAGCGACAACGAAUCGCCAAUUAAUGCCACCAAGCUGAACACCACUCUAAUUCCUCUCGACGAUGAUGAUAAGGAAAACAACGCACCCGCAGAUGAGACACAGGGAGACCAACCGCAAUCUCUCAUGGUCCACGACAUUUCUCCCAGUCUGCACCGCCUCAUAGAAUCGUUUUCCAAUGUGGAGCAACCGGGAUCACCAACCAAAACCUCGCCCAACGACCAAUGGAUCAAUAACCUGUUUACGCACGACGAGGAAGAUGAGCCAGUUGAUGGUCAGUUUGAGGACGAUCCAGAAGUAUAUAAUAUUUUGAAGGCAGGAUCGAAAACGAGCUCUCCUCUGAACUUCAAAUUUGACAAAACUCCAAAGGAUAAAUUUGAAACGACCCCAAAGGAUGCAGACACCGUUCAGACACAAUGCAUUGAUGGCGGGGACCACCUGACCGGUCUGCUGACACAGAUUUUGACCAACGAGUCUCACGAAGCUGAUAAAUCAAAAGUUUCGGUUGCACAGCCCGACGAACGUAGACAAGGUAUCAUGAUGCCUAGCUCACCAUUCUUUUCAAUGCAUCAAGACGACGGCAAAUCAGGUGACGGAGAUAGUUCACGCACAGAAAAGAUAAGCUCCGUUUGGAAUAGUGGGUCGUCCCCUACCACGUCGAUAACGUCUAAUGAAAAGUAG